AUGGCCACAACGACCUCUCCUACACGACGCGUUCUCGGCGACAAAGACCCUAACGCGCCUCCACAUAUGCGGUCACCUCGAAAGACAUGGCCUGGCCCGGAUGUGACCAGCCCCGUCACUCACGCAUCCUCCGUGAAGCGGCCUCUCUCCCCAACCGUUUCCCCUUUGACAAGUCCUCGACGCGGUCAGAAACGCAAAAUUGAUCGGGUGGUUCAUGAGGAAACGGACGACUCCCAGCCGACAACUGCCACACACCCUUGGUCCCAGAUGACCGAUUUGUUGAGCGAUGGCCAACUAGAGCAUGUAUCGACCCCCAGAACAUCAAUGACUCAGACGAAAUCUACUCCCAAUACUGUGUAUACUCCAUUCCGUGCCUCUCAAGAAGAACCAUUCCAAGUUGAGGCUGAAUUCCAGAUUCACGAUGAACCAAGUCAGCAAACAUUAGACAAAAUGGGACGGAUCCUGACUGAUAUGCAACACGCCGUCACCCUACCCCAGAACACCUCGCAAUUUGUGCCCCCUCUACGAUCCAAUCUUGCCAAAGAAACAUCUCAAAUUAGCGUCAGCAUGUCGAGUUUAAUUGACUUUGACAACAAUCUAUUAUCCCAAGGAGAUGACAUGCAGCCCAUUGAAGAGGCUGAUUUGAUUAAGGAUCAGAGACCAAAGACGGAGGAAGACACUAGGAAGAAGAUGCUGUUUGAGAAAGCAGAAAGUCUCCGCACUAGGCUUCAACUCGCCAUCUUCAAGAUAAAUACCAAUCAAAUCUCCAGACCAUUCGCGCGCCUCCAAGUUCCCAGAGCGAGAUCCUCUUCACCAGAGUUGCCCGUUCUGUCCUCCUCUCCACUGAAAUCUUCAUCGACUCCGAGAGGGGGCUCCGUACAAAGAGCCACGACCAUACUUGAACCCAAAGUCGCAAGAGCACGUGCGCGAGCGACCAUGGAUCCAAAAUCUCGUAUCGCGCCACUCUCUAGUUUACCAGUUCCGAAAAUAGCUCCCACUACAUUUUCGGCCAGACGGAAUGACGACCUUGAUGCAAACCAGGAGAGUCAGAGUAGUCAAGUGGAACCCGCAUAUAUUCCUAGUAGUCCUCCGGAACCACAAGCGCCGACAGCGGCGUUCUAUAUGGAUACAACAGGAAAUCGAAGGGAAGCUGAGCCCAGAACCCCCAUACAACCGUCUAGCCUAAUAGGGGGUGACCACGGAGAUGAUGACAGCCAAAAAGUUGGUUCUCAGCAGAGUCGAAUACGCCAUGGGGGACUAACUAGUAGUGUCGUUAAGGGCGAAGCUGCCAGCAGUCUGCUCGAGCUUGUGAGAGGUGGUGGUGCAACGUCUGGUGAGGUUGGCAUGUGUGGUUUGUAA